CCUCCGCCCGCCGCCUCCUCCCCUCGCUGCCAUCGGGCUGCCCGGCCCCACCGCCCGGAGCGGAGAGGAGCGGAGAGGGACACGGUUCUGUUUUUUUCCGCUCUCCCUUCGGCUCGUGUUGCAGUGCAGGCGAUGCCACACCUCCCGAGGACACCGGGGACAUCGGGUUUUGCUGAGCUUAGCAUCUUCCCCCCGCCGUACCGGAGACAUCAGACAGACGCUGCUCUGCCCUGAAGUGCGGACCUGCAACAGCUCUGGGAGGACUUCUGUCCCUCUGUCUCUUUCUCUCUCUCUUUCUCUCCAGUCCAAACCAUUCCAAGACCCGACUUCCACCAUCUGGAAAUCUCACCCCUUUUAUGUCCCUUCUCCUUUUCUACGAUGACUCACCAUUAUUUUUAACUUUGAAGAGAGAGGAAAUUAUGGGGAUCUUGGAAGCCUGUAUUCCUCUCUAGGAUUUCCCCAGGGUCAGAUAAUCGGUCUUACUAAGAGACACUAAGAUUUGGCUUCUCCAGGUAAUGUGAUUUGUUUUCUGUGUGCCAUGGCGCUUUGCAGAGAAUGAGAGCAGCCGGGACACCAGCGGUCGAGGAGGGGGACUGCAGUGGUCCGCGGGCAGCUUGCACCCAAAUUCAGGCAGCAGAGCCCAGCUCGGGGCGGGCAGAGCAGCACCCGCAGCCCUAUGGCAGGGGCAGGAGGAUGGGGACGGUGCCGAAGUUAAAGCGGAGCCUUUAGGGUUACCUGGAGGGUCGUGCCGGAUUGCCUGCUGUAGAACCGUAGAAUAAUCUAUGCACGGUUGAAUGUUAACCCUUAAAUGCAUGCCUGGAAAUGAGCCGAGCCCGCGCUGCCCCGCGGGUCCCCUCCCCGCUGUAGGGCUGGAUGGGUUUUUGCUUCCAUUCUCUUCCCUUCCCCCUCCUGGUUUUUUCUCCCCUCUUUCGAAUUUUUCUUUUUAGCCGUAAAACCCAAAAUGUUCUGUUUGGCCAAUGGCGGUUCUGCCGUGCCGGUUGUGAAUAGAUGAGGGUUCCUCAGGUGUUUUCUCCCUUCUGCCCUAUGGGUUUAGAUGGGAGUUCUGAACUCUGAUUAACUCAGAUUAACCCCCCGAGGACGGCGGUAGGCAAUGGUAGCGCAGGGAGCCGCUCUCCUCCCCCCAACUUUACUUCAUCUCUCUCUUUCUCAGCAGGGGCAAUUUUCUUUCCUUUUUUGUUUUCUCCUAUUUUAUCAUCCCUUCGCCUUUUCAUGAGACACUUCCACACCUACGUACCUGUCCUUCUGCAGGAUAGUAGCCUUGCCCUGAGUCCGAUCCCAUCACCGGGCACUCGGAAGAGUUUAGCAUAAGGAUUUCCUUUCAACCCCAAUAUGACAGUUGCUACCGGAGAUCCUGCAGACGAAGCUGCAGCUCUUCCAGGUCACCCACAGGACACGUACAACCCCGAGACCGACCAUGAAUGCUGCGAGAGGGUGGUCAUCAACAUCUCGGGGCUGCGCUUUGAGACUCAGCUCAAGACGUUAGCUCAAUUUCCGGAGACUUUGCUAGGAGAUCCUAAAAAGAGAAUGAGAUAUUUCGACCCUCUCCGGAAUGAGUAUUUCUUUGACCGGAACAGACCCAGCUUCGAUGCGAUUUUGUACUAUUACCAAUCUGGAGGGAGGUUGCGGAGGCCCGUUAAUGUGCCCUUGGACAUCUUCUCAGAGGAGAUCCGUUUCUAUGAACUGGGGGAAGAAGCCAUGGAGAUGUUUCGGGAGGACGAAGGCUACAUCAAAGAAGAAGAGAGACCGCUGCCGGAGAAUGAGUUUCAGAGACAGGUCUGGUUGCUCUUCGAGUACCCCGAGAGCUCGGGCCCUGCCAGGAUUAUAGCUAUUGUCUCUGUCAUGGUGAUUUUGAUCUCCAUCGUGAGCUUUUGCCUGGAAACGUUGCCCAUUUUUCGGGAUGAGAAUGAAGACAUGCACGGCAGCGGGCUGAGCCACCCUCCCUACUCCAACAGCAGCAUGGGGUACCAGCAGUCCACCUCUUUCACAGAUCCCUUCUUCAUCGUGGAGACGCUUUGCAUCAUCUGGUUCUCCUUCGAGUUCUUGGUGAGGUUUUUCGCCUGUCCCAGCAAGGCUGGAUUUUUUACCAACAUCAUGAACAUUAUAGACAUUGUAGCCAUCAUCCCCUACUUCAUCACCUUAGGGACAGAGCUGGCCGAGAAGCCGGAGGACGGCCAGCAAGGCCAGCAAGCCAUGUCCUUGGCCAUCCUCCGAGUCAUCCGCUUGGUGCGGGUCUUCCGGAUCUUCAAGCUGUCCCGGCACUCCAAGGGGCUGCAGAUCCUGGGGCAGACCCUCAAGGCCAGCAUGCGGGAGCUGGGCUUGCUCAUCUUCUUCCUCUUCAUCGGCGUCAUCCUCUUCUCCAGCGCCGUCUACUUCGCCGAGGCCGACGAGAGCGAGUCCCAAUUCCCGAGCAUCCCCGACGCCUUCUGGUGGGCCGUGGUUUCCAUGACGACUGUUGGCUAUGGAGACAUGGUCCCCACCACCAUCGGGGGGAAAAUCGUGGGGUCUCUGUGUGCCAUCGCUGGCGUAUUAACCAUUGCCUUACCCGUGCCCGUCAUAGUGUCUAACUUCAACUACUUCUACCACCGGGAGACGGAGGGAGAGGAGCAGGCUCAAUAUUUGCAAGUAACCAGCUGCCCAAAGAUCCCCUCUUCCCCUGACCUAAAGAAAAGCAGAAGUGCCUCUACCAUUAGUAAGUCUGAUUAUAUGGAGAUUCAGGAAGGUGUAAACAAUAGCAAUGAGGAUUUUAGGGAGGAGAACUUGAAGACAGCCAAUUGCACCCUAGCUAACACAAACUAUGUGAAUAUCACCAAAAUGCUAACCGAUGUCUAGUCGCUAAAACCUAGUACCGUAUUUAAAGCUGAAGUGGAACAAUUGCAGAUAUUGAGUGCUGCUCUGCAUUGUAGUUAACACAGUAUUUUCUACGGUGUAUAUUUGGUUCUGCAUGGGAAGCAAUAGCUGUGUAAGUGACUUUUAACCUUUGAUUUCCACACUGAAUAACGUGCAAGCAAACAAACCGAACCAUUUUGUUUCCCUUCUGCCAUCCCAGGCUCGCUGGUUCCCAAAGGUGCAGAGCGGUCCGAGCACCGUGCCACAGCAGGGAUGCAGGGAUGCUCACUGGCACGGCCCCGUCCCCAGAGCCGGGCCACCAGCUUGGGGCUGGGGAAGGUCAGGCAGGGCUGGUUGCCUUGUUGGAGGGCUCAGGUUUCCAGCUCGGCAGUGCCAAGCUGAACGCAUCGCCCCGGCUCGCGUUUCAUAACGGAAAAUGCUGCAUGCUGCAAUAGUUUGAGCCACUGCAGUAUGCCAGUGAGAGGCCCAGGGGAGGGAUAAUUAGUCUGGCGGCACAUUAUUUAUUAAGUCUUAAGUUUUCUAUGCUAGGCACCGGGAGGGACGAGUAAACAAAUCAAACGCUUGGAUUUUAUUGAUUUAUUCAGAUGAUACUUCCAUCCACCACUAUUUCCAGGAUCACCAAAGACACCUCCACUGACACACUGAAAAUGAGUUGGGAAAAAAGCAUCUUUUUUUUUUAAUAUAUAUAUCUAUAUAUAAAACUGGAGCAACUAUGCUGUGGCCUACAAUAUAUUUAUACUGCAGUGAAAUUUAACCAGUAAUACAGUACAGCUGCAUGGGUAUCUGUUGCAUGAAUCUGAAUAUUUAAUACACACACAAAUAUAUAUUUUCUUAGUAGACUAUACAGUAUUUAUGUUUAUAGUGUUUAUAGAUUCUCCAGUGGCUCGGAGGAGAUUUGUGGGGGCUAAAAUAUCUCUAAUGUGUUUAGAAAUGGGAUGGGGAUGGCAUGUGCUGACAACAGCUUGAUAGAUAACAAGGCAAAGCCUGAGUGCCCCAGCACCCAGCCCCAGGAGCUGGCUCCGUGGAAGGUGAGCUGAAAGUUAAACACCUGCGCUCAUUAUGGGGCGAGUAAUUAGUCAUUAAUCUCGGUGUCAGGAGCAGAAAGCGCAGCUGAUCGGGCAGGGCUGGAGGAGCAGGUGGAAUGGCAGGUAUGGGCUCUCUGGACUUGUUUGGUCAGCAGUUUUCAGCCAUUUCCCGUACAAUUAUUGUGUGUGUGUAUAGAUAUUUAGAGAACGACUAUAGGGCCGAAUUCUCAGCUAAUGUGAGCUCUUGGAGCCUCGGGGCUUCCUGGCUCAGGGGCCACAUAUGAGCUGUCCUGGGGUGUGUUUUGGGCUGGAAAAUCCUGAUUUCAGUCAUGUCGAGCCCUAGGGCUGUUGGUUUUUCCUAUAUGGUGGACUGGAUCCAAGCUUGUGCUUCCAAGCCGUUGCUUUUGCUUUGCCUUCUCCCAGGGUCUAUUUGAGGGCUGUGUCGGGAUGCAGACACCUCAGGAUCAUCCCCAUUUCUUCUCCAUUUCUGGUGUAACCUGGGGAGAGUUGGAGCUGGAGUCUGUUUUGGGGUUUCAUCUGCUUUGCCCAUCCCACUUGGAUUUCCUUGUCUUUCCCCCAUUGCUAUCAAAGCCCAAGGGAUGGGCCGGGCCAGGGGACCCCCGUGAGGUCACGGUCGAGCAAAGCCCCCAGUUGAAGGCAUUUAGCAGCUCCUCCAGCUGGGGUGAACUGGGGCUGAAUUUGGGCUCGAUCAGCGCUUUGCUGCCGCCGAGUGCAGGUGUGGGAGGGAAGCCCGUGGCAGAUCGUGGGAGUGAGGUCAGCUGGACAUUCCUGGCCUCCCAUGGGAAAACAAUAUUCACAACAAUACAACAAACGGUGCUAGCGUAUUCUACAGCAAUGGUUCAAAAUGCUGCUCGGGGCUGGAUCCGUCCCUCGUGUUGACCCCACUCAGCCAGGUGGGAUCUCUCAUCUUUAAUAAGUGAUUGAUUCAGGCCUAGCUCUGAUCACCCAGGGUGCUGAGCACCACGCAGGGUUGGGUGCCUGCCCGAAAUCACAUCUUGUUGCAUUGGGAACCCUCUCCUCCUCUUUGCUGCUACAGCUCUGCAAUGGGCAUCUCUGAAGCUCACCAACACCUGCAACACACACAACGAGAAUCAACGCAACUGAAAGCAAUAAAUCUCUUUCUGAAGCUUGAA